AUGUCCGGUUCUUCUCGAUCCCUUAUUAAGGCUCUUAAUGAAGUCUUCGAGAGCUGGGACGACUCAGCGGGAGCACACUGGGUCGCUUCGCCAGAAGCUACCGAAUGUUUCACAGUGAUCUCGCAGUUUUUAGAAAGACACAAUACUUUUUCUAUCAUCAGACAGUCUACCAGCAUAAACGAUGAAUUAUUCCGAAUAUACAACUCCUACAUCGAACCACUGUCCAACCUACAGAAAGAAUAUAUGUUUUUGAACAUUCUUCGACAAUUGCUGCCUGUUCUAAGAAGAGAUGAUGUCAUGUUAUGGGUGAAAACUUAUUUAAAGCCAGCAAUAGACUCAGCGGGGUUUGACUUCAACUUUGUACAAAAGUCUAGAGAGUUCAUCGCUAAGGUAGCCAUAGAUAUAAUGCCAACGGAUGAUAUAGACCUCCGAAAAGAACGUGAGGAAAUAGCCUACUUAGUGAUGGACAUCGUUAUCCAAGUAUACAUCGGUGUUGAUGACAAAUCAUAUGACUAUAUUAAUUUGAAGAUUAGCGAAGAGGACAAAGACAGCCAACACUUUCAGGAACGUCUUCGUUUCAUUAAACACAACUGCACAACUAUUCUCCAAGACUAUGGACUCAAACAGACAAUGAAAUACUUCACCUUGUUGAACAAUCAUUUCGAGAAACCUUCAGAAAGAUUUGGUGCCUUAACGUUGUUAUCAUCCUUGGUUUCUACUCAAACUUCACAAGUCUUCCAAAUCACUAAUACCAUUCUUUUUCCAAAUUUGCUCAAGUGCAUACUGUAUGAUUUUUCAGAGAGCCUAGUUUAUGUAUCAUUAUCGGUACUCGUUAUGCUUAUUCCGCAGAUUGGGAAUCGAAUAUCGAACUACCUACUGGAUUUGCUUAUUAUCUAUAUCCGUAUUACGAAUUGGGAAGAGUUUGAUAGAUAUAUUCCUAACCGAUACGAAUUAUUAGUAAAGUUCCUUCACGAUAAAGGUGAAAACUGGUCGAUCUCCAAUUUCGAUUUCUUUAACGAACUUAUGACUUUCGUUCCAUUGAACAGCAAAUUAGACUUCGAUGUUCUGCAUUUGGCGACCUUGAUCUAUGGACUUUUCCCGUUCAAUUUCAGUAAGUUCUGUCAGAGCCCACUUACUUACUUGAAUAAGUAUCCUCCCAGGCUCAUAGAGUUGAAAUUCUUGCAAUUGUUAGAUACCAAUAUGAUGAUUCAAGAUCCUGAUGAUCCAACAAAGCACAUGUUAGAGAAGAGAGUUAUAGACAAAACCAAAAAAGUAUAUCAAAGAUUCAUCAUUCACCCUAAUUUUAUUGAUUUCGACAGGUCUAAUUUGCUUUCAGAAGAAAUAAAAAACCCUAUCCAAUGGAUAUUGGAUUUGUAUAACGGUGAGUCUAUUGGACCUAGUGAAAUAUCUGUUAGUUGCUUGAGUUUGAACCCAGAUAUCAUGAUAAGCAUCAGUGAUUCGCUUGUUGUUUCUGAAGACCACAAGCUUAGAGAUAAUCAGAUAAGUGGAGGAAGCCCCUUGGGAAGCAACAUUAUGUUCAACAAUAGAAACAAUUUCAGCACAGCGCCCAACUCGCAACAUGUGUCCCGUGCUUCUUCUGUGGGAAGUCCAGUGUACUUUAAUAUUAAAGAUGGCCCUUCCACAAAGCUUAUGGUUCAAAAAUCAUUACAGAAUUACAAUAGAAAGAUGUCUGUUGUUCCAACUAAUCUUGUGAUUGAUAACCAAAAAACACUUGCCCCAACGACACCUCUUCAUUCUGAAAUAAAGUUUAAAGAUGUAAAAUUUAACGGAGGAAGCGACAAGAAUAACAGCAACAGCAGCAGUGUUAAUAAUAUGAGCACUAGUUUGAAUGGCACUUCGGUCAAUGAAAAUGGAAUUGAAGAAAAAUUGGAUCAUGGAUACGAAGAUGGCUUGAGCCAGGUUUCGUCUUCUGAAAUGGUGCCAGAGUUGGGCAAAUCUGAACCUUUACCAGAAUUAUUUAUUACCCACGAGAAACUUUACGGAUCAAACAAUAAGGCAAGCGCACUCUCCUUGUCCAACCUUAAUCUAGGUCCUGCUUUCAUGGAUGAUCCGGGAAAGAAGUCAUCCUCUAAUUUGCUUAAUGAAAAAUUGAAGAGUGAAUUGAGAAUACAGAGACCCAUCUCAUCACCAACUACGUCUUUGGAAACUACUGCUGUUCACAAGGGAUCGGUUGUUAGUUCUAGUGGAUUUACUAUGAUCUCCACUCAAACGUUGCAGAAUAAUGGUAGUACACACAACGGAACUGCCUUAGAUUUCUACCAGAGAGAAUUGUUGUUAAUGAAGAAUGAAUUGGAAUUUUCGUCAUAUAUGAAGCAUUUGAAUAAAUUCCAAUACAUUCGUCUCAAGCUCAAAAUGAACAAAUUGCAGAGGGAAGCCAAUCUUCACUUCCAGUCUAUCGAGCACAAAAAUAACAUUCUGUUAAUAAAGAGCCUUAAAGAAGAAUGUGAUACGUUAAAAGAUUCUUUGAAGUCCAUAAAUCUGGAAAUGGAGGACCUUAAGUCAGGACAUAAAUCUAAGAUAUUCGAUCUCUCCGAGAAAAUAAUUGAGCUCCAAGAAGAAAAUAGCGAACUAAGAUUAAGAUUGGAUGACCUUUCUGGUGAAAACAGGUCGAUAAAUAGUGGUUUCAACACGAUUGUGAAUGAGGUUGUUCCAGAAAAGGAUUUCGAGAUUGAAAACUUGAAAAUGAGAUUGCAGGAAUUGGAGUUGAACAAUGUUGAGUUCAAAAAGCAAAUAGAGCACUUCGAAGGCGAGAAUAGUGCAAAGAGAGAUAUUGUAGAUAAGAAUCAUGAUCUUUCUAUUCAAGAGAAGAAGAUCUAUAGUUUGAAAGAGGAGCUCCUAUUGGUAAGCGACAAGAACCAAAAGUUAGCGGCAGAGUUGGCCAAGGCCCAGGACAUGUACGAGUCUAUUGUCAGAACCUAUGAGAACAAGUUGUCAUCAUCUAAAUUUGACUUGAAUGAAAAUGUCAAUUCUUUCACGGCUCAUUUUGAAAAGAAAAUCCAAGAGUUGUCGACUACUAUUUUAAGGUAUGAAGCAUUGCUUGAAGAAAAGAACUCCAAGAUCAUGCAAUUGUCAUCAUCGAAGCCAAUCUCCAUACCAGGAGCCGCAUCUAGUGGUGUUAAUACUAUAUACAACAGAAGUUCGAAAAAAAAGGGAAGAUCCAAUUCGUCUUUGGAACUGGGAACUCCUCCUCCGUCGCGUGUUCCUAUUGGAGUACAACAACAUCCACUGCAACAGCUGCAAUUUACGUAUCCACAUCUCAACCAAGUUGGUGCUCAUGCUCCUCCUCAACCUCCUGCCGCCAUACCACGGUUUUCUGCCAAUCUCGUUCCGACUGUCGGUACUUCGCUGCAACAGCCUAUUAUUAGAGGAAGAGGUGGAUAUCAAAAGAGAUCCAAAAAACACAUGUAACUGGUUCAUAAAAUAUAGGGCCCUCACCUCUGACGUUACUUUUGUGUUGCUCAAAGGAGACAUUUUUGCAACACCUGUAUAUAUUUAUAGACACGAAUUAAUGAAUCUGUAAUUGGGAUACGAAGAU